AUGAACGCGGAGAACUUCGGCUGCGGAGAGCGGCUGGUGACGGCGGCCUACGUGCGCCAGGGGGCGCAGGGUCGCCGCGCGCACGAGCUGCGGCUGCGAGCCCUGCUGGAGCAGGGAAAAUGUCCAGAAGAUGGUUGGGAUGAAAGCACCAUUGAACUGUUUCUUCAUGAACUUGCUAUUAUGGAUAGCAAUAACUUUCUGGGCAACUGUGGUGUGGGUGAGAGGGAAGGAAGAGUGGCAUCAGGACUCGUUGCCCGAAGGCAUUACAGGUUGAUCCAUGGAAUUGGAAGGUCAGGUGAUAUUUCUGCAGUCCAGCCGAAAGCUGCAGGGUCGAGCCUGUUGAACAAACUUACUAAUUCAGUUGUUCUGGAUAUUAUAAAGCUGGCUGGUGUCCGAACAGUGACCAAUUGCUUUGUGGUUCCUAUGGCAACUGGCAUGAGUCUAACUCUGUGUUUUUUAACGUUGCGGCACAAGAGACCAAAGGCAAAAUACAUUAUUUGGCCACGUAUAGACCAGAAAUCCUGCUUUAAAUCAAUGAUAACUGCAGGUUUUGAGCCUGUGGUAAUAGAAAAUGUAUUAGAAGGUGAUGAGCUACGGACAGACAUCGGAGCAGUGGAGGCUAAAAUCAAGGCUCUUGGUGCUGAAAAUAUUCUUUGUGUGCAUUCUACAACAUCUUGCUUUGCUCCAAGGGUACCCGAUAGGCUGGAAGAACUGGCUGUGAUUUGUGCUAAUUAUGACAUUCCCCAUAUUGUCAACAAUGCCUAUGGAGUUCAGUCUUCAAAAUGCAUGCAUCUUAUCCAGCAGGGUGCUCGAGUAGGCAGAAUAGAUGCCUUUGUUCAGAGCUUGGAUAAAAACUUCAUGGUUCCAGUAGGUGGUGCUAUCAUUGCUGGCUUCAAUGAGUCCUUCAUUCAGGAGAUCAGCAAAAUGUAUCCAGGAAGAGCAUCUGCGUCGCCUUCCUUAGAUGUCCUCAUCACACUUCUGUCUCUUGGUGCCAGUGGAUACAAACAGUUACUGAAAGAAAGAAAGGAGAUGUUUUCCUAUCUUUCAAGUGAGCUGAAGAAGCUGGCAGAUAGUCACAAUGAGAGACUGUUAGAUACCCCACAUAAUCCCAUUUCUCUAGCCAUGUCACUGAAGAACCUGGAUGAAAAUAAUGACACUGCUGUUACCCAGCUUGGAUCUAUGCUUUUCACAAGACAAGUUUCUGGAGCAAGAGUUGUUCCCUGUGGGUCUGUCCAAACAGUGAAUAACUACACUUUUAAAGGCUUUAUGUCACAUGCAAACGACUAUCCCUGUGCCUACCUCAAUGCUGCCUCAGCAAUUGGAAUUAAAAAGCAAGAUGUAGAUGUGUUCCUCAAAAGACUUGACAAGUGUUUGAAGACUUCUAGAAAAGAAGCAAAGAAAGAAGAAACUGUAAAUGAAAUAAGUAGCUCUAAUACAGUCACAGAAGAACUCCAAGACUAG